GUGCAAUGUGACUCGGACAAGUUAAAAAAAAAAAGCCAAAAAUGGAAAAUAGAAAUGGGCGAUUCACUCGUAGCUCUCAUAAGGAAAAAAAGAAUAACGAAGAAAGGAAAAAGAGUCGUUGAUGGAUUCCUUCUUUUGUGUAACUUUAAGAAUGGAAGGAAUAACAACGAGGGUGAAGGGUGAAGGGUGAAGGGUGAAGGAGCUUUUUCUCGUUCACUGCAACUGCCACAGAUUGUGGAUGCCAAAUUGCCAAUACAAUUGGCCUUCGGGCACGGCUUUGUUGUGUGUUUGCAGGUUCUUUGGCUUGUUCAUAAUUGGAAAUAGCUGAAAAUGGGAAGGUCGGUGUUGGAACUGUGGUUGCUGUGGUCGGUGGUGAUGCGAGUCAUGAUCGCCCUACCAAUUGCGUACAGCGCUUCCUCUACUUCUUCUCAAGAGGCUCUUCUUGUUUCUCGAAUUGCCUUUGGAUCAUGCGCCAACCAAAGCGCUCCUCAGCCCAUAUGGAAUGCAAUAAUUGAUUUUGAUCCUCAAAUUUUUAUUUGGUUGGGUGACAACAUCUAUGGGGAUGUUAGGCGCCCUUUCAAAUUAUUUGGAAAAGAAAGGACUAUUGGGCCAUGGAAGAAUGUUCCCAGGUUUAUUCCUUCCUCAGAGCGGGAAAUGCAAUCCAGAUAUAAGAAAACUAAGACAAAUCCUGGUUAUUCUCGUCUUCUAGAGAAUACUAAGGUGAUUGGUACAUGGGAUGACCAUGACUAUGGGUUAAAUGAUGCUGGAAAAGAAUUUAAUGGGAAGAUCACUAGCCAAAGGCUUCUCCUGGAUUUCUUAGAUGAACCUCAAGAUAGUCCACGGCGCAAGCAGGCUGGUGUUUAUACAUCAUACACAUUUGGUCCUGUUGGUAGGCAGAUUAAGGUUAUUCUUUUAGAUACUAGAUACCAUAGAGAUCCACUGUUCAGUGACGGAAGCAUAUUGGGGAGCUCACAAUGGACAUGGUUAGAAAGCGAGUUGAAGGGCUCUGCAUCAGCCCUUACCAUAAUCGGAUCUUCUAUUCAGGUUAUUUCAAAUCUUUCAGCAAUAACCGGUCCAAUAUUUUAUUUAGAGUGUUGGGGACGGUUUCCAAAGGAGAGAGAACGCCUUUUUAAAUUGAUAGCAGAUAGCAAGAGAGAUGGGGUCUUCUUCAUAAGUGGAGAUGUUCAUUUUGGAGAAAUUACCAGGUAUGACUGUGCCACUGGAUAUCCAUUAUUUGACAUAACAGCUAGUGGGAUUACCCAAGCUGUUGAGAAGGCAGUCCCACCACCAUUAAAUUUCAUAGUCAGAUUUGUGGCAUGGUUAGCACCAACUACAAUGAGAGUUAUGGGCCAACACUGCAGACGCAAAUCAUGCACAUAUGGCCAGCCAAAUUUUGGAGCAAUCGAGAUAGAUUGGGAUGCAACUCCAGUCACAGUGAAAAUGGAAGUAAGAGAUGUGAAUGGAUUUCCAGUGCUAAGUGUAAAUACCUCAUUAUUGGAACUGCAAGCCCAAAGCGUAGGAGCUUUGUACAGAAUUAAACCUGGAGAAUAUAGGAAGCACUGCUCUCUUGAAGUCACUCUACCAUGGAUUGUUAGACACCGCCUGGCUAUUCUAUUCUUCUGUGCUUUAGCUAGUUGCAGUGUUGCUUCUCACCUUGGCUGGGCUUACUUUCGCUGCUAUAUCAGUUAUUAGACGAUGCCUCUGCAAAGACAAGCUUGAUUAACAAAGGUGUCAAGUUUGGUUGGGCACUGUAAACCACCGGGCAAUCAGCUUUGAGAGGAUUCAUUCAGUAUAGUGAGAUUGUCAAUUGACAGGCUAGUUGGAGGGAAUCGUUUGUAGCUGAGGUCUGAGAUCAUGCAUGAAGUUGCUGGGUUAUCUGAUUGAUCUUGUUGUAGAAAAUGACAUGAGGAGGGCAUACUUAUCUUAAUCUUGUGUUACCUUCUUAAUCUUGAUUCCAAGAUGGAUGGCGUUUCUUUUCUAUUUCAGCAACUCCCCUUAAUCUUGUCAUCUUGGUUCUAGCAGGUGAAGAUGCCACUGCUUUUUCCUGUGUGUCCCAGUCAGGGUUUUUUUUUUUUUCUGACAUGUUGUAACAUCAGCAUUCUCUGACCAUUUGGAGUUUUAAUCCUCUAGUGUUUCAAACUUUCCCUCCAAUUUGAAGACUGUGAAUACAUGCUGUAGCUUCACAACCAGGCGGUAGAUGUUGGCUGUGAUAUUUUGGGCCUA